AUGAUAUUUUUAAGUUGCAGGAUGAAAAAUAGAAGAUUAACAAAUUUAGUGAGUAUUAGAAAUAAUGAAAUUGCUGAAUUUAAAUUUAAAUUAUCAGAAUAUGAAUAGAAAUAAAAAUUUUUAAGUGAAUCAAAUUCAGGAAAAUAAAAAUUAUAAAAUAUGAUACUGAUUUAAGAAAUUGAUUAGUUAAAGGAAAAAAGGUUAGAAACAAAAAAUGAGAUGAGUUUAAUGAAACUAAUAAAAAAUGAUAAAUUGAAUGAAGAAAGAGUAAUUUAUUUAAUUAAUACUUUUUUAGGGGAAAGUAUUAACUUAAAAAUUAGAAAAGCAAAUAAGAAUAAACAAGGAAAAUGAAAUAGAAUUAUUGGGUUUAAGAUCAAAAUGUUAAUGA